AUGCGCCUUCUCCAGUUCCUGUCAUCAGUCCUGGCCACAGCAUGUCUACUCACAACCGCCGACGCAAACUCUAGGUCGAGAAAUCCUUUAAACUACCUCAGUCUAAUUGAAUCUCCUCGGAUACAGACACCCUCCGGUCGAGUGAAUGCCUUCUCUAGUUUCGAUGUCACUUUCGAUCUUCAUCGACAUUCACAGCAUAUCCGUCUAUCAUUAGAGCCCAAUCAUGAUAUCCUCCACGAAGAUGCACACGUCCAGAUCUUGGACAAGGAUGGAAAUCUCAAAUAUGCCGAAAAGAUAAAUCGUAUGGACCACAAGGUCUUCCAAGGGAAGGCUUUUCUUGUCGACCAGAACGGUCAUUCAGAUCAUGUUGGCUGGGCUCGUCUCACCGUGAGAAGGGAUGGUGUCAUUCCCCUCUUCGAAGGCGCUUUCACCAUCUUACGUGACCACCAUCAUAUCUAUAUGAAGUCGAAUUAUAUGCAGACCAAGCAUGCCCUGGACCCUAUGCUGGAGGAGCACGACGAUGAGUAUAUGGUCGUGUGGCGAGAUUCCGAUGUCAGCAGGGACCCAAAGCACAAUGAGCUCCGCAAACGCGAAGGCAAUGAUAUCAGCUGUCGUUCUGAUCAACUCGCAUUCAAUAACGACAUCAACCACUCCGUUCAUCGCAUGCUUAGACGCGAUGUAGGCCAUUGGGGAUCCAUGUCGUCACUCAACCUCUUCGGCAAACGGCAAAGCAUUGACGGUGGCGCCCCUGGCAACGGCAAUGGUGGAUUGACGAAUCUGAGAGCGAACAUUGGCAACACUGCUGGAUGCCCAAGCACAAGACGAGUCGCUCUGAUCGGUGUUGCCACUGACUGCAGCUACACCAAUGAAUUCAACUCGACCGACUCUGUUCGCCAAAACAUCAUCAAUCAAGUCAACACUGCUUCGGACUUAUAUCAGUCGACCUUCAACAUCACUCUUGGUUUGAGGAAUCUGACCGUCUCGGACCGUGAAUGCCCUGGCACGCCUUCCCAGCAAGCACCCUGGAAUGUUGACUGCAGCGGUGGAUCGAUCACUGAUCGGUUGAACCUGUUCUCAGCGUGGCGUGGAUCUCGCAACGAUCAGAAUGCAUACUGGUCCUUGUUUACAAACUGUCCCACGGGUGCCGAGGUCGGCCUUGCAUGGCUCGGGCAACUUUGCAACUUUGGCUCGACAUCACAGCGCGACUCUGGUGGGAGCAGCCAGUCAGUGACCGGUGCCAACGUCGUUGCUCGCACAUCAACCGAGUGGCAGGUCUUUGCCCAUGAGAGCGGACAUACCUUUGGCGCUGUCCACGAUUGUGAUGCAAGUGCUUGUCAAGAUACCAACUUUGUUAAUUCCGGCCAGUGCUGUCCUCGUUCCGCAGACAGCUGCGAUGCAGACGCCAGGUUUCUGAUGAACCCCUUCUCUGCCGAUGGUAUCACCGAUUUCUCGCCCUGCUCUAUCGGCAACAUCUGCUCUGCCCUCGGUACCGGUUCAGUCACUUCAUCUUGCUUGACAAACAAUCGAGACGUCACCACUAUCACUGGCAACCAGUGUGGUAACGGCAUCGUCGAAGAUGGCGAAGACUGUGAUUGCGGUGGCGACGAAGGCUGCAGCAAUAACCCGUGCUGCAACCCGUCAACCUGCAGAUUCGCCCAAGGCGCACAAUGUGACCCGUCUAACGAAGGCUGCUGUACCAACCAGUGCCAAUUUGCCGGCGCCGGCACCGUUUGUAGACCUUCAACCGGGCAGUGUGACCCUCAGGAGACGUGCCCGGGCAACAACGGUACAUGUCCACCGGACUCAAGAGCAAACGACGGCGAUGACUGCGGUAAUGGCUUGCAGUGUGCUAGCGGUCAGUGUACGUCACGAGAUGCUCAGUGCCGAACUGUCAUGGGUUCCUUCACCUCCGACAACGAUACCUAUGCCUGCAAUGGCCAGACUUGUCAACUCUCUUGCGCCUCACCUGAUUUUGGAAGAAACACGUGUUAUAGUAUGAGGCAAAACUUCUUAGGCAAGGCUCUCUUCCAUUCCUGCGGAGGCGGAGGACGCUGUGAGAACGGUAUGUGCCGCGGCAGCAGUGUUGGAGGAACGAUCUCCAGCUGGAUCGAUGACAACAGGACACUUUUUAUCGCCCUUGUGUCGUCCAUAGGCGGUAUCCUUCUCCUCUUGAUUCUAGGCUGCUGCGUGCGAGCCUGCCGACGACGCAGGCCAACCAGAAAGGUUGCCUCGCCGCCGAUGGCGCAUCGUGGUUGGACCGGUCCAGCAGUACCGCCAUCUUACCAAAGUCAGGGCUAUGGCCCACAGUCACCGGGGGUCUGGCAGCCUCCCCAGCAGCAGAACAGUUGGGGAUAUCCACCGGCACCGGCCCCCGCGUAUUCGAGUCCUCAAGGGUUAGGGCCGAGAGCAAGCGUGAGGUACGCUUAA